CAAUCUAUCUCGUAGAGUCUUAUUUGAUAUCUUAUUUAAGUAUGAAUCGUCAAUUAACUAGAGAAGAGAUUCAAAAGAUCAUUCAACGUUGGCACCAAUUGAAAAACCAAUAUGGUGACCAGGCUGUCAACGUUCCUGAGUUUGCUCACCUCAGUAAGGUGAUAAAGAUACUUCAACAGAAUCAACAACAGAUGCAAAGACAACAACAACAACAACAACAACAACAACAACAGCAACAACCUCCACAGCAGCAGCAACCACAACAGUCACAACAAGCACCGCAGCAAAUCCAUCAACAGCAACAACAACAAUCUCAACCACUCCAACAAGAUACCCAACAACUCCAACAGCCACAACAACCAGCAAAUAUUCAACAACAACGUCUCUCUCAAGGACAACAGCAACAACCAUCUCAAGGGUUUCAGCAACAGUUGCAACGUCAACCAUCUGAUCAAUUACAAUCGCAAGGACAUUCUCAGAGUCAAAGAUCUUCUGGACCACUACAGCUUUCUCCUCAAAAGGUUCCAGCUCAGUUAGCUCAAAAUGGUUCACAACAAUUUCAAGGUCAAAACUUACAAUCAAACUUUAUAAAUUCUAAUCAAAACACUCCUAAUAUAGCUAAUGCCAAUACUAUUCCUCAAAAUGGAAACCCUCAAUUUAAUUCGAAUGGUGGAGGACAACAACAACAAAAUUAUAUAGGUAAUUCUCAACAACAAAUGCCCGUUAAUUUACAAGAACAAGCUAUUCAAGGACAACAACUUAGAGGUGGUGAAUCUGCUUUCACAACUCAACAGUUCCAAUUAGUUAAAUCACAAUUCCAAGCUCUUAAGUACUUGUUGAAGAGUUCAGGACCAUCUAAUCAACCAAUUCCUCAAAAUCUCAUAGCCUUUGUAACAAAUGAUAGAUCUGCUUUACCUAAUGGAAAUUAUCUUCAAGCUGCAGCAAAUCUGAGAGCUCAAACAUUUGAUCAAAAUCAAAUCCCUCCACAACAUAGCUCACAAUCACCUCAAUUACAAAAUAUGGCUCCUGGAAACAACUUUAAUGGUGCUCCAACUAUUCCAUCUCCAAACCUUCCUGCAGAUGCAAAGAAGAAAGGAAAGAGAGGAGCUAAACCAAAAGCACCACCUCAACCUAAGAAACCAACUAAGAAACAAUUGAAGGAAGAAGAAAGAAGAACGUUGGCUUUAAGUGAGGCUCAAGCUUUGAGACCACCAAUCCAAGUCCCAGUACCAGAACCUAAAGUUCCAAAACCUUUAAGACCAAUACUAUAUGAUCCACAACCUCCAACCAAUAUUAAUAAAUUAAUACCUGAUAAGACAAAGAAUAAUAAACUUGUUAUCCCAGUUAAUAAACCUAAUGCUCAAGUUGAUGCAUUCGAGCUUCCCGACAUUUUCAGUGAUCAAGUUAGAGACAUUCAAUUUAAUGCUAUAUACGCUCCUCAAAGUAGAUUACAAUUCCCAGGUUUACUUCCAGAUGGUAUUAAUCUUGAUGAAAUCUACAACAAUAAAGAGAUUUAUUUUAUUCUCAAGAUUGAACAAGAAAUUGACCAAAUCAAGAAGCAACUUGGUACGUUAAAUGAAUCAGACGAUCAAUUUCAAGAAUUACAAUUGCAGUUAGAACAAUUACAACUUUUGCCUUAUCAAAAAGAAUUGAGAGGAAAGAUUUUAUCUCAAGUUUGGUUCAGCAAGAGUGUCCUUCCAAAUUCUCAUCCAAAUUUCCAAUGCAGAUCUAGUGCUUUAUCACUUGAGAAUGUUUCAGCUACUCAUGAUUUAUACAGCCAUCAAUUAGAGACUCUCUUACAAGUUCAAAACCAGAAGCAUCAAAAAACUAUUAAUGAAAUUUUAAGUUAUGUGUAUAAACAUGAAGAAGUGGUGUCUCGUAAGAAGGAAAAGGUUGGUAGAUUUAUCACUAAGAUUGGAAGUUUCCAUAAUCAAACUGCCAAAGAAGAACAGAAGAGAUUGGAAAGAAUGGCCAAACAACGUUUACAAGCUUUGAAACUGAAUGACGAAGAAGCUUAUUUGAAAUUAUUAGAUCAUACGAAGGAUACCAGAAUUACACAUUUGUUAAAGCAAACCAAUCAAUUCUUGGAUUCUUUGGCUCAAGCUGUUCAAAACCAACAAAGAGAAAAUCAUAUUAAGGUUGUUGAAAGUGGUAGACAAGAAGAAGAUGUCUUUGGUGGAGAUGAGGAUCGUAGAGAAAAGGUUGAUUAUUAUAAUGUUGCUCAUCGUAUUAAGGAAGAAGUUACCAAACAGCCUGAUCUUUUAAUCGGUGGUACUUUGAAAGAAUAUCAAUUGAAAGGUUUACAAUGGAUGGUCUCGUUAUUCAACAAUCAUUUGAAUGGUAUCUUAGCAGAUGAAAUGGGUUUAGGUAAAACUAUUCAAACUUUAUCAUUGCUUACAUAUUUGAUAGAAGUGAAGAAAAUUGCUGGUCCGUUCUUGGUUAUUGUUCCAUUAUCCACCUUGACUAAUUGGAAUUUAGAGUUUGAUAAAUGGGCUCCUGGAGUUAAGAAAAUUACUUAUAAAGGUACACCUAAUCAACGUAAAGGUUUACAAGUUGAUAUUAAGAAUGGAAAUUUCCAAGUAUUAUUAACUACUUUCGAAUAUAUCAUUAAAGAUAAAGCAUUGCUUGCUAAAAUCAGAUGGGUGCAUAUGAUUAUUGAUGAAGGUCAUCGUAUGAAAAAUGCUAAUUCUAAAUUAUCUGAAACAUUAACACACAACUAUCAUAGUGACUAUAGAUUGAUUUUAACUGGUACUCCAUUACAAAAUAAUUUACCUGAAUUGUGGGCAUUAUUGAAUUUCGUCUUACCAAAGAUUUUCAACUCUGUUAAAUCUUUUGAUGAAUGGUUUAACACUCCAUUCGCAAAUACAGGUGGCCAAGAUAAGAUCGAACUUAGUGAAGAAGAAACAUUAUUGGUCAUUAGAAGAUUACAUAAAGUGUUAAGACCCUUCCUUUUGAGAAGAUUGAAGAAGGAUGUCGAAAAAGAUUUACCUAAUAAAGUUGAAAGAGUUGUUAAAUGUAAGAUGUCAUCACUUCAAUCUAAGCUUUAUCAACAAAUGUUGAAAUACAACAUUUUAUUUGCUGGUGGUCUUAAUGGAGAUGAUACUCCUACUACAAUUAAGAAUGCAAAUAAUCAAAUUAUGCAAUUGCGUAAAAUUUGUAACCAUCCUUUUGUUUAUGAAGAAGUUGAAAGGAUGAUUAAUCCACCAGUGGAAACUAAUGAUCAAAUAUGGAGAGUUGCAGGUAAAUUUGAAUUGUUAGAUAAAAUCCUUCCUAAGUUUAAAGAAACGGGACAUAGAGUUUUGAUUUUCUUUCAAAUGACUCAAAUUAUGGAUAUCAUGGAAGAUUUCUUAAGAUACCGUAAUAUGAAAUAUAUGAGAUUGGAUGGUGGUACUAAGGCAGAUGAUAGAACUUUGCUUUUGAAAGAUUUCAAUGCUCCAAAUUCUGAUUACUUUUGUUUCUUAUUAUCUACAAGAGCUGGUGGUUUAGGUCUUAAUCUUCAAACUGCUGAUACUGUUAUUAUUUUUGAUACUGAUUGGAAUCCUCAUCAAGAUUUACAAGCUCAAGAUAGAGCCCAUCGUAUUGGUCAAAAGAAUGAAGUUCGUAUCUUGAGAUUGAUUACUGAAGAUUCGGUUGAAGAAAUGAUUUUAGAACGUGCUCAUGCUAAAUUAGAGAUUGAUGGUAAAGUUAUUCAAGCUGGUAAGUUCGAUAACAAGUCGACCGCUGAAGAACAAGAAGCAUUGUUAAGAGCCUUGAUUGAGAAAGAAGAAGAAAGAAAACAAAAGGGUUCAUCUGAUGAAGAUGAAGAAUUGGAUGAUGACGAAUUAAAUCAAAUUAUUGCUAGAAGUGAGAAUGAAUUGGUAGUAUUUAAGAGAUUAGAUGAACAGAGAUCGGCUGCUACUAAGGCAUCUACUUUUGGAUCAAGAUUGUUUACUGAUCAAGAAUUACCAGAAAUUUAUAGAAGAGACCCUGAAUCGUUGAUGAAAUCAGAAGAAGAUAUCAUUGAAGAAUAUGGUAGAGGUACACGUGAACGUAGAACUGCCAAAUAUGAUGAUAAUUUAACUGAAGAACAAUGGUUGAAACAAAUUGAUGGUGUUGUAUCUGAUGAUAGUGAUGAUGAAGAAGUAAAACCAAAGAAGGCUAGAGGUAGACCAAGAGGACGUCCAAAGUCUAAAGGUUCAGAUGAAGAUGACGCAAGUAAAGAUGUUACCCCAGAAGCUACCACACCGGCUGUCAAACGUCCACUGGAUGAUGACGAAGAUAAAAUAUUAGAAGAGCCAAUCAUAAAGAGACCCAAAUCUAUGACUCCAAAACCAAUUGCAACAAGAGGAAGAGGUAGAGGACGCGGUAGAGGCGGAAGAGGACGUGGUUCUUUACUUUAUAGAGCUACUCCAACCAUUGAUCCACUUAAUGUUGAUGAACGUGCUAAACUUCAAAAUACUGUCGAAACUAUUUAUGGUAUGGUAACGAAUUACGCUAAUGAACAUGACAGAAAAUUAAGUGCUUUAUUCUUGGUUAAACCAUCGAAGAAAUUAUAUCCAGAUUAUUAUGUUUUGAUCAAACAUCCUAUUGCUUUGGAUACUGUUAAGAAGAGAAUCAGCUCCAGAAGUUAUACCCAAGUGAGAGAAAUGAUGGAAGAUCUUCAUUUAAUGUUUAGCAAUGCCAAGAUCUAUAAUGAAGAAGGGUCUAUUGUUUACCAAGAUGCUGCCAAAUUGGAACUGCUAGCAUCUGAUAAGCUUAAAGAGCUUUCAUCUGAAUUAUCAGAAGAAGAAUUGAAUAAAAUUCUUGACUUCAGUGAUUUUGAUGAAAUUUACAGUUUGAAACCAUUGAAUGUUAAUGCAGCUCUCAAACAACCAGCGGAAGCAAAGCUUGAGAAAUUAGAUAAUGAUGAACCUAUUGAUAGUCCAAUCGUCGGUAUUUCCACCACUGCGGGAUCAGAAGAGUCAACACCAAUGAACUUUGAAUAAAAAUGUUAUUUAAGAAUUAUUUUGUUUGUUUGUAUUAAGUAUUAAGUAUUAUGUAUAUUAUUAAAUUUGAUUCUGACUUUAGAGUAUUAUUAUUAUUAUUAUUAUUAUUAUUAUU